UGUCAAUACUGAUAUAAUGAUGAUAUUCCUAUCAUUUUAAUUUACUACGUUUAAAUAAAAUAAUACAGCCAUACGAGAUGUUUAAUCUAUAAUGAAUAAUGAAGAAACAAAACAGAAAAAAAAAAAUCGUCAAAAAACUAGCAUUCAAACAACUUCAACAGCAACUAACUCUGAAACACGAGAAAUCGCGGAUGGUGGACAUAUCAACAAAGAACCAUUAAAACCACUCUAUCCAUUAGCGGCUAAAGAUUCGGAAUGGGUUGAUAUUUUACAAACUACUACAAACGACAAAAAUUCCAACAAAAAUAAUGACGAGGAAGUACUACUACAACACGUAGAGUGUGAAGAUGGACCACAAACGGAGCCUCUUGCUUUAAUGUUUCCCGGCUUACUUGAAAAAGACCCUGAAAUGUUAGAAGGAAUGUUAAAUAAAGCUAUGUCAACGACAGAAGUAACUAAAUAUCUGGUUGGUCAAAAAGCUAACUUUGCGUUUAUGAAAAAAGUAAAUCGUCUAAUUCCUACUGACAAGAAAUGGUUGGAAAGUUUAACCGAAGACAGUACCUCCUGCUUUUCAAUGGAAUCGAAAUUACAUGAUGAGGGUUUGGACGAUUUAAUUGUGAAUAAUGAGCCUGAUGAAAGCUUGGACUCUCAUAAAUUAUAAGUCCCAAAAGACUUAUAUUAAAAGAAUUUAAAAAUAAACGUAGUUACAUUUA